UGAUAGUGGCCUCAUAAUAGGCUUAUAGAACUCCUAGUAAUAGUCGGAUGCAAACAAUAUGUGUAGGCUAAUUCUUAGUAAUAGUGGUAAAGUAUUUGUGUUUGAAAAAGAAGCCAGCUCGACGUGCACUACUAUGUGCAUACUAUUUUCUAUGACGAAUAUCCAUAAUUGUCGCUUAUUUUGUUGAAUCUUAAUUGUUUAAAUAUGCCACAAUUAGGCCUAUUUCCAUGUAGGUUAUUGAUUGAAUUAAUAUAUUUUCUGUAAUAGAACAUUGCUGUUUAAUUCCUCGGUUUUGUUUAAUAACCAGAAUGUAGGCUAUCCUGGAUAUUCAUGAAUAUAGAAUACAAUAUUAGACUAGAACAGUAAAAUGAUCCUUUAAAUGUUUUUGUUUUAAGGCAGCAGUAAAUACAUUAACUGAACCGGGUAGACCUCCUAAUAUGCCAACACACAUUUCUAUUCUAUUUAGACAUUUGUUUUCUAUAAAAAAAUAACUAUACGAAUUCAAACUUUUCCAUAUUUUGCUGCUGAAAAGAAUAUUACUUUUACUGAGAAAUGAUAUAUAUUUUUUCCAAAUAGGCAAUAUAAUAACAAUAUCAUAGGAUGUUGAUGAAAUAACAUAUUCAACUAGUCAGAUAUUAUUCUCAGCAGGCUUGUGGUUCUAUUAAUCUUAUAUUAUAUUAGGUUAUUAUUGUAUAAUACCAAACUAAGGCUUCACAUAAUAGCAUGAUAUAGCACACCUUUGAAAGCUUAUGUUUAAUGGGGCGUGAACGUAAAAGCUUUUCAUUUUGGAAUGUUUCCUGACAAUGAAAAUAUGAAAGGUUUGAACAUUUUGACAGAAGAUGAAAGAGGUUACAUGCUACGAUGGAAAGCUACCCAGAGCAUUAGUUGUAAGAAAGAAUAUCUGAAUAAUUGACGUUCCUUGGCGCCAUAGAAAGAAUGCAGUUUAUGACAUUUGGUAUCGUUAAUAAGCCCCAAUAUGGCGGCGUUAUCCUGGUUAUGUUCAGCUCCUGUAUGUUUUGUUGUGAGUAUCAUUGGUAAUGCUUAUUACCCUGUAACAUAUGUGUAAAUAUACUCGUUAAAUGUGUGUUUUGGGAGAAUUAUUUAUUGGAUUUGCUGACCUAUACUAAAUGGACAGAUACUUCCAAUGGUAUUUCAGUUUAGUCUACUCUACCUUAGUUUAGUCUACUCUCCUUUUCCAUAGCCCUACAUUUAUAUCAGCAGUAAUUGUAUAAAAUAAUAAUAAUUUGCUUUUAAAACUAGACAUUGUUACGUUUUAAGACAGAGACCCGCGAGCAUUUAAUAGCCAAAGGGAUUGAUUUAUCCUUUAUUGUUCAGCCUUUAUGAUCACGUGCGCUCGUCACCCAAUCGAAUGGCAGUCCUGCUUCCCAACUAUUAGUCGACUGUAGAUCUUUGUGGUGCCAAGUUGCUAUACUUGAUUUCUUCAGAUUGUUAUUUUGUAAAAGUCGGGUUUAGUGCGUGUGUAUGUGUGUGUGGUGUGUGUGGCACGCUUGUUUUUGUAUGUAUCUGUGUAUGUGUGGGUACAUGUGAAAGUCUCUUUUACCAUGUCGACAUCUGGAACGUUGACUAGCUACUACGUCGACUCCCUCAUCUUGCCGGAGAGCGAGGAGCUGUCCGCGCCCAGAUACACCUCCGGUCCGGGGGGGCUCCAGCAUGCGAGGCAGCUCACCUCGCUCACCGAUCACACCGAGCUUGGGCCCUGCACCUUCCCGACGAAAGCUCCGGUCUUCAGCCCGUCCUGGGGCCAUGUAUCGACCCAGUUUCCAGGUGCCGUGUCAUCCGUGUACCACCACCCGUAUGGGCAUCACCAAGGCCCGGCUCCAGGCGACUUGGAGGGUCGCUACAUGCAGUCCUGGCUGCUUGAGCCCAUUUCAGGGUCCUUGCCCUUGACCGGAUUACCAACGAGUCAUCAUUACGGGAUCAAACCGGAGAGCCUGGGCGCACGAGUGGACAGCGCGCUGCCUGGAUCCCACACCACACUGCUCCUGUCCGACUUCACCAACGGGACAGUUGCGACGGCGUCCCCGGUGGACAAGAACACACUACCUGGCCAGACCGCAAACCUGAACGGGGAGAUAGAGGAGAAACCGGCCCUCGAUCCAAAUAACCCGGUAUCUAACUGGCUCCACGCAAGCGCCACGAGAAAAAAGCGCUGUCCAUACUCCAAGCACCAGAUCCUUGAGCUGGAGAAAGAGUUCCUCUUUAACACGUACCUCACGCGGGACCGUAGGUUCGAGGUCGCGAGGCAGCUCAACCUUACGGAGAGACAGGUCAAAAUCUGGUUUCAGAACCGCAGAAUGAAGAUGAAGAAAUGUAAUAAAGAUUGUGGACCAAAAAAUGAUUUAUAGUUACCUAUGACUCAUUGAACGAGAACGUAAAAAAUAUCACAAAAAAGGGAUAUCUGUGAAAAUACUGUAUUUUUUAGAAGUCGUUGUCUUAUUGUUUUAUUCCAAACAGAAGCUGUUAUGUGUCUUGUAAAAAGCAUGUCCGGCUCUACUCGUCGGUUUGAUGCAACUACCUUUAUAUUGCACAAUUUAACAGUGCGCAUAAUUUGUUGUUAUUGUUAUUAGGAUGUUAAUUAAUUAAGGCCUCGGCUGCAAGUGUCAUUGUGUAACACGAGUAUUAGUAGGCCUGUUCUCUGUGCUCGUUUGUGUAUGGAUGUUUGUAGCUAUGUGUGUGUUCUCUGGUUUGUAGAUAUUUGUAUUUCCGGUUCAACUGAAUUUAGUUUUAAAUGUGAUUAAGUUUUUGUUGUUGUUGUCAUUAUUUCAGUUACUGGUAACAUUGAUUCAUGAUCUAACGUUGGAGUGAUAGGCUAACGUCUGGCUGCUAACGUCUGGCUGCUAAGCUGCUAACGUGAUGGUAGCAUUUUGAAGGGGGUGCAUGAGUAUCAAAAGCCUUUUUAAAAUGCAUAUAGGCCUAUUGAUACUAUUCAUAGAAGGUACAUAACAAUCAUUUUGUGUUGACUACCUAAACGUCUCUCAACUACCUAUAAUUGCAAGACCUAUAAUUGCAAGAACCUAUUUCAUUUUUACCUGACUCCGUUGUGAAGAAAUAUAACGCUUGUAUAGGAAACUAUGUCUGAAUUUCAGGGAGUAACAUUUAGAGGACAUAUUGGUUAGAAAGCGAGAGAGAGGACAUUUUAAAAACACUGUAGGCUACGUAAUGAAUACCUCAUGGUCUGGAGACGUUCGGAUGUUCGGUUCUCAAAUGUAAUUUGUACUUUAUUUAUUGAAUAAAACAAAUUAUAUCUGCGAAUGCA